GUGUACAUAGCAGAUUUCGAGGAAAAAGGAGACGUCCAGCGACUUCAUUUGUUUUUUCUCAUGGACACAAUGACCAUCGAUGCUGCUAUCAAAUAUAAUGUGGUCAUGGACGAGCGUCAGAUGCAUGCUGCCAAAGCUUUUUUGAUAAUAACUUUGACAACGCUCUAUCCACGUCUGGAAUUAUUUCUCACACCAUCGGAUACAUUUUUGUUGAGCGUUUUGGUAAAUUCUUGCAUCAGUUGCGUGGCUGUCCCAACCACUAUAACACGAAGCGAUGAAACGGACGUAACACAAGCGUCUUCCAACCAGUCGGCAGUAAGAACUGAUGUGGAGGCCUUGGAUACUCUGCCUAGCUGGAUUCAAAUACUGCUGGAUUUAAUCCGAGAAUACAAAAUGAACAUGCGGGUAGCAGAAGAGGCAAAAGCGCACUUCUGUAUCGCAGUAGGCGGCAGCAUCAACAUAUCGGCAAUUAAAAUUGAAUCAAAAAUUGAGCAGUUCCUAUUGAUGCUAAGAAUUUUCAACAGCAAGAUAAGACACCAUAAUGAGCAUUUCGUGACUAUGCGCAAAAAAUCAACUCAUGAAGUAACGUUGGCAAUCCAAGAUGUCAAAUUGCUGCUUACCGAGAAGGCUACAUCCGAUGCAAAUGAUGUUUUCCGUGGCUCUAUGGCAGCUGUUGCGGGCAGUUUUCGAAGGUACUAUGAACAAAACGGAUUGCAGAACACUUUGCGAUUCAUAAUCGACAAGCUAAAACUGAAUUAUAUUAUUGGUAGCUCAUUUGCUGUCACCACAAGCGAGCACAAAUUGAAAAACGAACAAAUGGAAACUGAUGUUUUGGUAAAAUUCUGCAGAAUAAUUGGAUAA